AUGUCAACUGUCGGGAUGACACGAAAUGCGCCGCAGGACUCUGUGGGCAAAGUAGCUACUUUGUGGGCAGGUCCCGGCGAAGCAUCGAAUUCCACAUCUUCAGUCAAUGAGAAUGUUGCUUAUCGAUUUGUUCUUGACAACAAGGUUCAAACAAUCUCCAGCAAUAGCAUCCCUGAAAGUGGAGUGGUCUCAGGCCUCUUGUUCGUCCCCAAUCUAGAUCUGCACGAUCCCUGCUACAAUACGACCGCCUCGGCCGUGCCCGCCAACGUCACCCGAUACCAAGACGUAUCCAGUUUUGGCUACUCUCUCAUCGGUCUCGCCCCAUGGGUGUCUGCCGAAUGCUCGCUAUCCUACCUAUCCGCCGGACAAAAAGUUGGAACACAUGCUAUGGUCUUUUUCGAACCCUCGAAUAACGACACAGGGCUGCCACCUGAUUCAAAUGACUCGCGCUGGGUAAUUAAUGAUGGGGAGAAGUGGAGGAUGGAGAAUGAUUACCCAGUGUAUGCCAUUCCUGGCCCAGCAGGAACGUCAUUGAUACGUGAUCUUGCGAAGUUUUCGGGAGACUCAACACAUAGCAAGAGAGAAAACCUGGCUGAGAUACCCGACAGUUCUCGUUUGUUUGCUCGGCUCGAAACUGGUAUGUGA